CGCCCACCUGCCCCCUUCCUUUUCGGAUGUGGCCAAUGUUUUCCAGGAAAUGAACAACUGAAACCACCCCACGAAUCACUCAAACUCCAGCGACGGCGCGUUCAGUUUACAACUGCAGCAGUUGUUAAUUGUUAACUGUGUUUAUCUGGGUUUUUUUUUUAUUUUAUUAUUUUAUUUUAUAACAUGUCUGCGGAGGUCUGCAGGGAAACAGCGGAACAUCCCAGACUCCUGAAGCUGUCAUCCGCCCUGUUUUACGCCGGUAGUUCGUUUCUGAUCACCGUGGUGAACAAAACCGUGCUGACCAGCUUCAGAUUCCCCUCCUACCUGUUCCUGGGAAUUGGACAGAUGAUUACUACGAUUGUCGUCCUUUAUUUGGCCAAAAAAAGCAACACGGUGAAGUUUCCAGACUUUGACAGGAGCGUUGUCUUAAAAAUUUUCCCUCUACCGUUAUUGUAUGUUGGAAACCAUGUGACAGGACUGGCAAGCACCAAAAAGCUCAGUUUACCCAUGUUUACAGUGUUACGGAAAUUCACUAUAUUGAUGACGAUGAUCUUGGAAGCUUAUUUAUUAAGAAAAACUUUUUCUAGACGUGUAAUUUGCAGUGUUGUGACGAUAGUCUUUGGGGCCAUGGUGGCUGCAAGUUCUGACCUGGCCUUUGACGUGGAGGCCUACACUUUCAUUCUGCUGAACGAUGCCUUCACUGCAGCCUCUGGUGUUUACACCAAGAAGAAACUUGGUGAUCAGAGCCUUGGGAAGUACGGCGUCUUAUUUUACAAUUCGCUCAUCAUCGUCCUCCCCACUCUCUUGGCCAGUGUGUUCACUGGAGAUUUACACAAGGCUCUCUCAUUUGAAGACUGGAGAAAUGUUGCAUUUAUUUUAUGCUUCCUUCUGUCCUGCUUCAUGGGAUUUGUAUUGAUGUACUCCAUAGUCCUCUGCAGCUAUUAUAACUCAGCACUUACAACUACAGUUGUAGGGGCCAUAAAGAACGUGGCCGUAGCUUACAUCGGCAUCUUUGUGGGUGGAGACUACAUGUUCUCAUGGAUCAACUUCCUCGGCCUCAGCAUUUGCAUGUCAGGAGGAUUAGUCUACUCAUACCUCACCUUCAACAGCAGCCAACCACCCGGAGGUAAUGCAGAAGGAACUGAACAGCAGAAGAUUCUCAUUCCUGAGGAUUUAUCAAGGAAGAACUGAGAAAAAAAGGGGAAAACCUACAGCCACCAGGUGGCCUUAUCCUGCUUCAAAUUGAAGCAUUUCAUUAAUUCAGCACUGUGUUGUGUCUCUCGUUUUUGCACCAUGAACGGAUCUAUUAACACUCAUUCCUAAUGCUAUUUAAUUCACAUUUUAAACCAACACCAAAUAAACAAAAACUGCCACCAACA